AUUUCAGGGGGGCGCGGGGCUCCGUUGGCGGGUCGCAGCGCCCCUCCAAGACAAUGGUAGGGGAAAUACUGGGGCUUAACAUAUGAACAUUAGCACAAAAUGUGAUCAACAGAUUAUUAAUAGAGACUGUAAGGGUUGGUAAUGUGGCAGAAGAUAAGUACUACAUGUUGAUUGUAUUGCAAACAGUCACAUUUAUCAAUAUGUGCUUGGAAAAUAAUAUUUUUAAUAAUAUUAAAAUAAUGUGGCAAAGCACUACACAUAAAUACCAAAGGGUGACAUUAGAAAUCCAUAAACCUUUAAUGUCAAAUGUCAUUUUUUCAUUUAAUAUGAGCCAUUCUCUUAGCGUAAAAAAGGGCAAUUGCAUAUUAUUCAACUUUAUGUUUAUUUUUAGAGAGUUAUUUUUUUAAUCAAUCUUUAUAAUAAUUCAAUUAUAGGGAUUAAAUUGUGGCUUAUAAUAUGUCAAAUUCUGGUGAUUUUAUAUUAACUGUUUUUUCUUUACAGUUAGGAUGUCAAACUUUUUAGAUAAAACAAAACAAAAAACAAACAAGACAUACUACUGGCAACGGAAUGUUAGAUAAAGGGAAUCUAAUAAAACGAUAAUAAAUAUGAAUGAAAUUAUGUUAAUUUUCCGUGUGUUUUGUGAUAAUAUUGUCUGCGCGUGGCAACUACUAAGUUUCGAUUCCAGCAGAGGGACGAACCCAGAAGUGUAAAAACGAAAGUGAACCUUAAGCUGUCAGACGGUGAUGUUUACUCUGAGAGGAGAGGAACAGAACAGACUCAUUCUGAAAGAUACACGGAAGGUUUUAUAACUUUUCUCUCAAGUAAACGUGUCUCGGGGACGUGGGGUUUGUCUCCAGAACUUCCGGUAGUUAUCUGACUGGUCUGCUGAUGUCUUGGACAUUCUACCGGUCUAUUUCAUCACGCUGUAUAAGGGACAGCUACUUUGGAAUGAGAGGCCUCAGUAACCACCAGCUGUCCUGCUGUGUGAACACACUCCUGCAGACCUUCUACGCUACCUGGGAACUGGGAGAAAUACUCGACAAGUGGGAGGCAGCUGCUGUGAAAGAGGAGAGUUGUAACGUCCCCCUGCAGCUGAAGAGAGUUCUCUCCGCCAUGAAGAGCGACACCCCCCCUCAGGCUCCUCAUCGUGCCUUUCUCCACUCUCUGAACUCAAACCGUAUUCGACUUGGUUCGCAGCAUGAUGCUGAUGAGGUGUUCCUCUCCAUCCUGAACCUCCUGCACCACCAGAUGGACGACAAACAUCUGGCUCUUGAAAUCCAGAAUCUGUACAAGAUAUCUGUUGAGACAUGCUUGCAGUGUAUAGAUUGUUCCUCCGUCCAGACCCUGAACACCUACCUGCUCAGCCUGCCGCUGCAUGUCAAGGAAGAUCACGACUCUCUGGAAGGCUGCAUGACCUCCUUCUUUGAGCAUCAGGAGCUAAGGGGCAUAGAUUGCUGCUUUUGUGCACGAUGUGAAAAGAAGACUCCAUCUAAAAAGGGUCUUACACUACUUUCCCUGCCUUGUAUCUUGAGUGUUCACCUGAAAAGGUUUCGGAAUAGCAAUGGUGACACCCGAAAACUUGACUGCAGGAUUACCUUUCCAGAAACCAUUGACUUUUCUGAGACUGUUAAGGAAGCGUUCUCCUCAGACUUUAACCAGAAUGACUGCAAGUACACACUGCAUGCAGUGGUAGUGCACUCUGGAUAUGCAUCGUUUGGGCACUAUACUGCCUACGUUCGCGAAAGGAGGAGCCAGCGCUGGUACUAUGCAGAUGACAGCCACGUACAUCAGGCCUCCUGGGAAGAAGUGCAGAGAUCCUAUGGGGGAAAUCACAGCAGAGGCACAGCCUACAUGUUAAUGUACAGAAGAGGUUCAAAAGAAGUGGUACAACAACCACAACUCUGCGGCUGAGUGGAUUGACGUGGAUGAAUUUGACCUGGGUUCAUGGUGCAAUAUUGGAUCAAAAUGGAUACUAUAGGAAAUAUAUAGAAUACAUAUGCUCAUUUGCUUUAUUUAAUUUAUGGGACUUUUUAGAUGUUAUUGUAAAUGGUGAAUUGAUUAAUAUGUAAUGCUUUUUCUUGCUAAUUUAGACUGUACUUCAUCAAAGGAGUCUUUGUAUUUAAAGAAGUUGGUAAAAAAGCUUUUAUGGUUUUCUUAUGAUUGGAUAAGGGUUACCUGUAAUCAUAUGUUCUUUGUCAUCAAUAUCUCAACAGGUUUAUUCUGAGAUAAUACAUUCUGACAGUAAUUUGUGCUGAACACCAGCAGGUGGAGUUGAAGACUCAACACACUGAUGGGGUUUUCCAUCCCGAGACCACACACACUGUAAACACACUCUAUGAUAUGGGGAGGGUUGGUUUGAAAAAAUGCUUAGCUUAGAUAUUCACUGUUAUGGGGGAAAUACCUGCUAUUGGAGUCAGUGUUCAUUUUCCUGACACUGCUGUAUGAUAUAUGAGUCACCCAUUAAGCACAGUGAAGUCAUUUCUUUUUCUCGUUGGGACUGCCAAAAACAACAAUAUUAAAUCUCCUUCAGAAUCUCAUUUUGAACUUUCAUUUUCUCACUACUUGUAGGGUCUAUAACUUCUUAUACAAAAGUGGAUUUGAUGACUCAAUUAAAUUAUCUUAUUGAUGCAUCAACAUCAGCACUUCUAUCACUACCUGGGCUCAAAAUGAAUGCAUUUUAAUGCAAUUUAAUAAUGCCUGUUCUGAAUGUGUCUUGCAGUUAAAAAAUGGGUUAAAACUGCAAUUACAUCAGUGCUAAAAUGCUCUGUAUAGGCUUUCAGCAGAGCCUCUAAAGUUCCCACUCAUUUCGCCAAGAGUCGGGGGACCGUGUGAAAUGGUGCCUAUGUGCUGUGGAGCUUUGACAGAAUGGAACAUGUCUCCACAGUGCCACAGGCAGCAGGCCUCAUGCUUAGUCAUCUCGCUGCUGUGUGGCACCGCUUUCUAUAUAGGGGGCAUCUUAUUCCCACAUUAAAAGACCAGGGCUAGAGGUUUAAAUUAUGUGUCUUGAUUGAGUCAGUGUCACAUUAAGAUUGUUUUAUCUGACUUUGCUUGAAUGGGAAGCUGACAAUGGAAUACUUGUUGACACAUAUUGAGAAGUAUUGGAAUGUGGAUGUAUUUACAAUAAAAAGCAUUUCAAUUAUCUAGACGACAGGCUCAGAUCAUUUAAUAAAAGCUGAUAUAAUCAAUGUAUUUCUUUUGGUGAUCCUACUGUUGUUUAGAUUGCAGAAAAUGUAUCCAAUGAAAGAUGUCCUGCUUAGCAUCAUAUGGCAGACAUAUUGCCAGGUAGAUAACACAUUAUGAUAAUAUAAGGAAGGAGCCAUUGUGCAUGUUGAGUCUGCUUUUUGUGCAUUUUGCUGAUAAUACUUGUGUACUUUCAGCUGAGUUCACCUAUGUGGGAUUGUCAUUGCUAAUGUGUUAGCAGCAUAGUGAUGUUAUAGGUACUGGUGGAAGUGUAUGUAAUAAAAAAAAAUUGAUUUCAA